UAACAAUAUUGUGGAUUUUGUUUUACAAUGAAGCAGCCUUAGCCCGGAAGUUAUUUCGUUGCUACUUACGCUGAGCGUCUAAACAUGUAAUGUAUUACUAAAAAAGAUAAGAAAACAACUCAUGACUUUUAGUGUUUAGAUUAAAAUAUUUUUUUAUAGCAUGCUGGAUUAAACCUGAUUUAUAUAUUGUAGUCUCUAGUUCUACAUUCAAUAUUUGUUUGGAAAAUCAUCUUGGGACCUAUAACAGUAACACUAACACUACAAUAUGUCUAGGCGUUCAAGCAGACCAUCCACUGCUUCUAGUCGCCCACGUACAGCAGGACAGCCCAGCAGAGAUAUUUAUCUAGAAUGCCAAGCUGCUUUUCUAGGUCAUUAUGAUGACUUGGGAGAUAAAAUUGAUUCCAAAGAGGAUUUAAUUCUUCUUUUACAACAGACUGGAAGAAAUCCCACAAGUAAGUCAGUUGCCAAAUACUGGACACCGAGAACAGAGAGUAUGACUUUUGAAGAUUUUGUUGACGUCUGCAGUAGAGAACCUGUUACAUCAGAAGAAGAACUACUGAAAGCAUUCCAUAAAAUUGAUCUAAAUGGCGAUGGCUAUAUUUCUCUGGAUGAACUUUAUAAAAUUAUGACUACUAAAGGAGAAAAGAUGUCUAAAGAUGAGGUGAAGGACAUAAUUGAUGAAGUGGAUGAAAAUAAAGAUGGAAAACUUGAUUAUAAAGAGAGGAACAAAUUUUAUUAUGGCAAGUUUGCCAAGAUGGUGCUUUCAACAACAGAAGAAUACAAAAAAUUAGCGUUAAGAAACUUGGAAAAAAGAGAAAAAAAUAGAAAACUCCAUGGUGAGAUAACUCCAAGAAAAGACAAGGAUGAACUGUCUCUAGGUUCACAGAUGUCAGUUGGUUCAUCAGCUUCUGAAUGGAGGCAAUCUAGCCCUGAAGUGAGCCCUGCUCCCAGCCCAGAUCGCAGGCUAUCCAGGCAUUCAGCUAGAAAUGCUUCACAAGAACGGAGAUUAUCAAAGCAGUCAGUUUUAGAUGAAACAUCUGCUCUUAGUAAAAGAAGAUCAUCUACAUUAAGUCACGUGUCUAAUGAUGAUUAUUCAAAGCCAUCACCAAGAGUUUCCACAAAUUCAAUAUCUAAAGGAGGUCGUUCCAAGGAACCAACCAAUUUAAAAGACUGGCCCAUGGUGCAAUCCAAAGGUACUUUCUUUCUUGAAGACAGCUCCAUUAUAAGUCAUGUAUAUACUUUAAACUUAACAGAAGAUAGUGAUGUCUGGAUUUCAAUACAACCUUUGAAAAUAGGAGAGUCUGGUGAAGCUCUAGAUGGCACGUUUAUUGAUACUGCAUUAUUUGUCAUUUAUGAAGAUGAUAACUCAUUUGUUGCAUUCACAGAAACCAAAGACAUUCGAGGAAAAUACGGCCUAAGGUGUAACAUGACUAAAGGAAAAUACCUUCUAAUACCAUUCACAACGGGUUGUCGACUGAAACCAAAGAAAGAAACAGCCAUGAAAGAGGCCAAGCUAAUUAUGAAAGAAAAGGGAGAUAAGAUUGUUCUAACUCGGGGCUUUAAAAAAGCUUUAGAAGAUAUAUUUGAGAUGGCUGAUUUAGAUGGUAACAGGCUGUUGAGCAGAGAGGAGUUUAAUUGGUAUAACAUGAGAACCAGUGGUGAGGAAGUUGCGGAUGAUGAGUGGAGUGUGGUGGAAGAUAACAUAGAGCUGGACAAAGGACAAAUAACACUGGCUGGUUUUAUCAAAUUAAAUGAGAUGGAGGCAGAAGACAAUGAGGGGGAUACAGAGGAUUUAUGGAUAACUUUAUCGGCCAUGGGAUUCAACAAAUCUCUUCUACUAGAUGAGGCAUGUCCAUUCCUUCUUAAAGUCUACACUCAGAAAUGUUCAGAUCCUGAGCUAGAAGUUUCUGCUUUAAAAAGCAAUAAAGACACACUGGAUAAAGCUUCUUGUCAGUUAGCAUUUACAAAGGGUGAAGCUAAAAAAGUGAAAGCUAUAAAGGAUGUGAUGAUCUACCAAUACAUUAAUGACCACCGGGCUUUAAUAGUUGUAGAAAACAAGUCCAAGACUAAAAUCAAAAUGUCACUUGACUGCAGCAAAACUCGAAAUGGUGUAAGUCACACCGGAUCCAUGUUAGGAACAGUUACAGUCCCUGCACAAACAUCUGUGGUAGGACAUCACAUUCUCCCUUUGAAUGAUGGCAGUGAUUUGAAUGUCAUUUGUGAGGAAAGUGUGCUGAAAUAGAAAUGUUUAUUUUCGUUUCCUGUCAUGUAUAAAAUUGCAUAGCAGUUUAAAAUGAAAUCAGUAAAUAUGUAGCAAACAUUAUUUAUUCUUUGCACCUUGCUCAACAUUGCUCUCACAUGCCAUAGGUAAUCCACAUCAUUUAUCUAGAAAUCCAUUGUGUUUUGAUGUAUACAUGUGAGUGUGCUGGGUAGGUUAGAAAGUUGACAAUUAUGGAGAUUGCAGGACGAGACUUACACCUUGGCUAGUAAGAAAAACACUGAGAUGUUACCAUUUUAGAUUUUCAUUUUGAUUUAUUCUCUAAAUUCAUGUGUUGUUGUUAAUGGACAUUAUAAUUGUGCAUGUCAUCAAUAAUUUCGAGUGAGCAAGGGGGUUAAAAUUUUCAAGAGGGUAAUUUCAAUACUACCAGUUUAUUAAAAGUUUGUAAGUCUGUAUUCUUUUAUGCAUAUUAAUUGUUUAAUGACUGAAGACAUGUAUAUUUUAAUUUCUUUGUCAUAAUUGUCCUUACAUUGGUCUGUGAUAGCUUACUUGUAUUAUGUUCUAAGAUUUUCUACAAUGUAUUUUCUGAAAAGUUUUUCAUCUUCUGUGAUUUUUUUAAUAGUCUUGAUUUAUAGUUAUUAGUUAUCAGUCAUCUAUGUACUUUGUAAUAAAAUAUAGUAACACAAGUAUUUAUUGAAAUUUUUAAUUUUAAAAUCUUUCGGCAAUAUAAUUUGGUUCUUUUCAUUUAUUUCAUUAAGUUGAAUUUUUUGUAUUGAACCUACAGGAUUAUACUUUCUCAGUUCCUGCUAUUAGCUCACACUUUCUUCAUAAUUAAAAUAUUUUCCAAACUACAAUUUUAAAAACAUGGAAUCAUUUAUUUUGAGAUGAACUUUCACACAUUGCUGGUCAGCUAAGAUGUUAGAAUGUGAUGCUAAUGAUGUGAAUGUUGCGGUUUGAUCCUAUGUCUUUUUUUUUUCAAUCAUAUGAAAAGGAAAAUUUUAAAUACUUGACGAUAUUUUAUUAAAAUUUAAGAAAUAA